AGACAACUCAGCGGCGCGCGGCGGGGGCGGGGCUCCGAACUUUGUCUCUAAGUUUCCGGUUCUGUGCUCAGCGGCUCCACCCUCGGUGCGCAUGCGCGCCUUGCCAGCCCUCUGUUGCAGCUCCACACCCGGCCCCGAGCGCGAGCCUGGAGGAGGGGGAGGAGAAGGGGCGGAGCAGUCGGUGGGCGCGGCGGCUGCCGGAGGCUAGCGCGACCCGACUCUUAAAUUCUCCUUUCCUCUCCAGAGAGGCCGAUUAGGGAGAGAGACCAGAAAUGAGUGGAAUGCUAUCUUAAGCCAAAAAAAACUAUUAUAAUUUAGUACUACUUAAAUGAAGAAAGAUAAAAAAAGAAACAAAAUUCCAAUUGAUAAUUAUCCCAUUCAGACAUUAGUGAAUAUGUCACUCAAUCCAAGUCGACCUUCCUCAUCAGAGUUGGUGGAACUUCAUGUUUUUUAUGUCCCUGAAGGAUCAUGGAACUAUAAGCUAAAUACCAUUUCAACAGAAGAUGUUAACAAAUUCAUUUCAGCUGGAUUUCUAAGAGUAUCUCCUCAACUUACUUUACAAGCCCUGAGGGAGCGUCUUGGUGAGUUCCUGGGUGAAGAUGCUAUUGCAGAAAAAUUUUUAUUUCUGAAAUGCAUUGGAAAUAAUUUAGCUGUGGUGAAGGAAAAGCAAGAAUCAGAACUGAAACUCAAAUCAUUUGCUCCUCCAUAUGCUCUUCAACCAGAAUUAUAUUUGCUUCCUGUAAUGGACCAUUUAGGAAAUGUUUUUUCACCAUCAUCAACAGUUAUUUUAGAUGAGCGGCAGACUAAUAAUGGUGUUAAUGAGGGUGAUGGAACAAUCCACAAACCAAUUAGUGUAACUUUGUUCAAGGAGGAACCUGGAAGAGAUCCCAGUUUGUUAGAAAACACUUUGAAAGAGCUUCCUAACAAGAAUCAGGAAGAAGCUGGGGGAAAAGCCACUGCAGAAAAAAGCCAAAUUGCAAAAAACCAAAUUGGAAAUUCUGAGUUGCCAGGAUCAUUGGAAGAUUCAAAUAAUGAUUGCUUUGGCACUAAAAAAAGUCAGUGUCUUUGGGAAAAUGAAGAUGAUACAGCUAUCAGUAGAAGACAGGACAAUCAGAUAGGCGAAAAAGAGUACAUCACCCUACCAGAUCACCCUUCACUUCCUUGUCAACCUGUUCUUUCUUCAGGAAUAACCGAUAUAUCUUUAUUACAAACUGAAAGAGAGAAGAUUAUCAAACAAAUGAAACAAGUAAAGGAAGAAAGAAGGUAUCUGGAAAGAAAUAGAGAAGAACUAGUAAAAACAGUUGAAAAGCUAUUUGAACAAAGCAAAUUAAAACGAUAUCAUGCCUACGAUGGUUGGAAGAAAAAAUACUUGGAAACAAAGAAAGUCACAGCAUCAAUGGAGGAGGUUUUAACAAAACUUCGAGAAGAUUUGGAACUCUACUAUAAAAAACUGCUCAUGCGACUUGAAGCCAGGGAGAUCAAGAUGAGACCAAAGAAUCUGGCAAACAUCACAGACUCCAAGAAUUACCUGAUAAUCCAGAUCACUGAGGUACAGCAUGCAAUUGACCAGCUUAAGAGAAAAUUGGAUACUGACAAAAUGAAACUCAUAGUAGAAGUUAAGAUGAGAAAACAAGCAGUUUCAGAUUUACGAACAUUGAAAACUGAACUGGCACAGAAAAAAAAAUAAUACAUUUCUACAAUCUCAAUUAGGUACGUUAAUUUAAAACUUUUAUUUGUAAAAAAAUUUAAAUAUGUAUUUGAACAGAUUUAUUUAACCAUUAUUCUCCUUGGCAAUGUUUUAUAAAAAGCACAAGGUUUCUCUUUCUGCACUUUCCAUGUGGAUAUUACAGAAUGUUUCAGGAAAUAUUAGAUGUAAUAUAAAGCAAAAUGAUGACUGGUUAUUUUUAACAUUCCAAGUCCUUUACAUAUUAUUUUACAGUGCUAAUUUUAUAAUUUUCAUUUUUAAUAAUUUAAUAAUCAAUAAUUUAAGAGCUAAUGUAACUAUAAAAUCUAUUUGCAAAGAAUAAAUGUAUAUCAAUGAAUACUAAUAUAUUUGCAUGAAAAUACAGACUUCAUUUAACUUAAUUUGUUCAUUAUCUUAAUUAAAAGAAAUCUGGAAAAAAAAAAGAAUGGGGGUAUUGAACUUGCAUUCUGAGCUAUGAUAGAUAUGAGCAUCUAAGAAUUUAAAUUUUUUAAUUCAUUUAUUUUAGAAAUAUGAAGACAACAGUGAUCCAACAUAUACUAUGAAAAUAGUUGAUUUUACUCUGUCACAAACAAUUGUGUAAAUAGGAAAUGUAAUAGUCUCAUAACAGAUGGUUCAAUCAUCAUGUAUUCCAAUUUACAGGGGCAAAAUGUGCAGGGAAGCCAGGAUUUAUGUAAAUCUAAAGUUCAAAGAUACAGAUUUUUAAUCUGUAAUUAGGAACUAAUAAAGGCAGCACAAUGUUGUUCUUAAUUCCCUGGAGAAAGAAAACAGACUUUAUUACAUUUAGAAAACUUAUUUGUAUAAAAUUGAUCUUUUACAAAGAGAACUAGUUGAGAAGCUAAUCAGUGUCUUUAGAUCAUUAAAAGUACAAUGCAGCUCAUGCCUGUAAUCCCAGCUCUUUGGGAACUAAGGCAGGAGGAGUGCUUGAGCCCAGGAGUUGGAGACCCAUCUGGACAAUAUAGCAAGACCCUGUCUCUACAAAAAAUAAAAAUAAAAAAGAUACAUUGCAGAUGUAGAAAGAAAACUUUAACCAUGUAAAGCAAGCUAGCCAAGAAAUAAAUUAUAUAUGUCCAUAAAUGAAGAAAUAUGAAUAAUUAGAAGUGUGACAGUGAACAGAAUCAAGUUCAACUGCAAGUUAUUCCCAUUAUUAAAAAUUUUACAAAUGAACCUCAUAAAAAUAAUGUAGUUGGAAAAUAUUAGGUAGUUCUAACUUACCAAUUCAAAAUAUUACUGUUACAUUCUUCUAUUUUGUGAAUACAUUCAAUCUUCUGGAUUCUUUUUAAUUCUCACUCACUCCAAAGGUUUAGUUCAAGUACCUCAGAGAACAUAAAUACUAUAUGGAGUCAGGAAGCAGAAAAAUUAUUUUCAUCAGUUUGAUGAAUCUAAAGAGGAGACACUACAUUGUAGGUUUUAAAUUUAAGAUUUAUUGGAGGGU